AUGGCAGGGAUUGCAUAUGGAAUCAGCGUCCUUGCCGUUGGCGCAGGUGAGGCUCCACGGCGAUCAACACAACCUCAAAGUCAAUCUUCUCCCAACACUUCCGACCACAACAACCGUAACCCUACGCCCUCUGAAGAGUUCGCGUAUUUGAAUUCUGCGAAGCAAAAUAUCAAGGGUCUUACCAACCAGACUGGUUAUGUUAAGGGCAAUGCUAAUGGGGCCAUCAACUUUGGGACGCUAAAAACCUUUGCAAGGCAAGCAUAA